GGCUAUUAAUUUGUAUGCGAAUAACUUCCUGCCAUUUUGUUUACUUUACUAUCUUAAUACUGCAGUACAAUUAAUUAUGAUUUACGGCACUUGCCUCAUCAGGUAAAUUCCAGAGGUUCAAAGGGUCUUUUAUUUCGAGUGGAACUAUAGAAACUUCAAAUUGAAGGCAGAUCAGUUCAUGGAAAAAUGAGUCAAUUAUAGGUCCUCCGACAGGAAUCGAACCUACGCUAGAGAGAAUACAAUUAAAGACAGUAACUCUGCCCCUAACAUCCCCUUUAUCAUGCUAAUGAUGAGCUUAUUAUAUUAUAUAUCGAAUAACAAUAUAGGUAUACCGGAUUAAGGGGUUAAAUGUCACGGAAAUAAAACCACCGAAGCAUUUCCCAGUAUCUUCGUCUCGGCUUCCGCAUUCACUCGCAUUCACGAAUUCUUAAAAUUUAUCUCAGGAUUAAAAGGUAUUUUCUUUCAAAUUCCGAUUGAAGAUGUUGCGAAGAUGUCUUCACUUUGUUACGUUGCUUGCUACUUUUCUUUCUCUGCGAGGUGUUGUUUGUUUCUUCGUAAGAUUUUGGGAUGGUUACAGUGGAGUUCCGAUGUGUAUCAAUGACACAGGUAUUAUACAGUCAAACGGCAGUUGGGGAAAUUUAUCCUUUCUGGCACUUUCUGACGACAGUUGUCUUCACCUGACAGCUCAGUUUCGGUUUCGAGAAAAUGGCGCCAUGUUGAAUUUGAAUAGACAAGGCUGUCUUGCCGGUGGUUCUUUGUCUGGUUCUGGUUUUAAUCUUGAUUUGCUUUAUCUUUACGUCGACUCAGUAAGCCUGGACACAGCUGCUUGUGCUCAAAAUCCCAACAAUGGAAUCUAUCGUGCUAUAAACCAGACAACAUGGGGAGCAUUAUCUGUUUAUUAUAAAGGGUAUGGCAAGAGUUUAUUUGAAACUUGGUGUGCAUCCUAUGAAUAUAACAAUCAACUUCACAGAAAAUACGGAAUCAGUCAACACGUUGGGUUGAGUACAAGUUGUGACACCUGGAACCAAAGAUUUAUUCUUGGUUCCGUGACGUGCUAUGGUGAUAUGGUGAAGAAUGCAAACUGUCCUAGGAAUCAGUACAUGGUGGUCAAGAUUGCCUCUUUCCGUGGAUUACUUGCAACAAAGACUUGUGGUUUGAGUUUAACUGAUUACAGUUGUGAACUGGAUGUGACAUGUCUUGUAAAGAAACAAUGUGAUGGUCUACAUGAGUGCAGUAUACGUGUGGAUGAAACAUUGUUCUCAAGUAGCGGAUGUCCUGGUUUGAAAACGUAUCUUUAUUUUGAAUAUCAUUGUACAGAUACUGUGAAAACCUUCAAAGGGCCUUGUAUUCAUGAUGUGUCCUUAUCACAUUCAUAUCUACCUUUCAAAGGUGUUGUCCAAAUUAGCACUGACAGUGGAACAAUGGAUGUUUGCUGGAAGAGUUUAAAGAAGUACCCAGAUGCGCAUAUGCUAUGCCGUAGUCUUGGUUACGACGAUCUAAAUUCAUUUGUUAAUGUGUCUGUCCCAGCGAAUUCCAAACAUGCUGUUUUUUCGGGAACAUUUACCUGUAGUGAUCAAGAAAAAUCUUUAUCCCAGUGUUUGAUUGUUGCUUCCAAUCAGACCUGUUCCGAGCUAACAUACAUCGAAUGUAGUUUUCAUGAUUAUUAUAUCUUCUGGGACAACUUUAGUCCAUUGUUAGCUACAGAUAAAAAAAGAUUUCCCGAUUCAUCAUUUUCUGCUUCUGCUUCUGUGAAAGGUCACAAUCCUUUCGAUGCAAGAAUAUCUAGCGGAAGUUCUUGGUGUGCUCCUGUUUCGGAUGCAAAGCAUUAUCUUCAGGUGGACCUGGGAACGCUGUAUUGGUUAUUUCAUUUGAUAACGUAUGGUGAUAGCAAUAGUCCAAAAUGGGUCGCCACGUACAACUUAAAUCAUACUUCUGAUUUGGUCAGCUGGAAAGCGUAUAGCUCCAGGAUAUUUCAAGGAAAUAAAAAUGCUUACCAUCAUGCAGCUAACGCUGAACGGUAUUUUUUCUACCUGGAUACAAGAGCUUUACGAUUUAUUCCCUUAGCAUAUGUUGGUCAGCCAUGCAUGAGAGUUGAUACUAGUGGAUACGCUGUGCUUCCAUUCAAACCAGAAAAUUUAACAGCCAAUAACAUCACGUCUCGAAGUGUUGACGUAUCUUGGCUAGAUCCUGAAAAUCCUAAUGAUGGAGGUUCAUGGGAGCGACGUGUUUCUCGAUUUUUCAUUAUUCUCACGAAAGAUAACUCGCCUAUUCUAAAUAUCACCACGAAUAAAUCUGUUCAUAAAUAUGAAAUAGACAGUCUUAUUCCGUUCACUACGUAUGAAAUAUCGGUUUCUGCUGGUAAUCGCAAUGGUUACGGUAGAAAGGCAAUUAUUCUGUUCUCAACAUCCGAAGAAGCACCAAGUGGUCCUCCAUUGAACAUCAAAGCAACAUCAAGAAAUGCAUCUUCGUUGCUUCUUGUCUGGGAUCCUCCGGAGAAAAAUAAACAAAAUGGCAACAUUACAAGUUAUACUGCGUGCCUUUCACAUUCAAAAAAUGGAUCUUGCUUUCAUACAUUCAUCACAAGUGAAAGAGAGUGGCUUUUAGGGAAUCUUAGUCCAGCAACAAAAUAUUAUUUUAGUGUUCUGGCCAGUAACAAAGUUGGAAGCGGUAACUACAGCAAUAGGAAAGGAAUUUUUACGAAUGGACGAGCAGUGAAGAAGGCGAUUGGAGCAACACCAAAUACACUUACCUUUUCUUUGGAAAUUCCUACAAUAACGUUCAAGCGUUUCUAUGUGGUGACUUGGAAAGUGAAAGACGACGAGAAGCCUUUAUCAUCUGACCGCUACGAGAACAAUGAAUUAGUGAUGUUUGCCGAAGCUGAAAACUCAACCAAUCCACAACCGUAUAUCGCCGCAGUAUUCUCGUCCAGCAAUAUUAUGGAAAACAUGUUUGUACUUGGUGAUGGCAGAAGUACAAGCGAUUCAACUAGUUAUUCUUCGGGUUUCAAAGAAUAUUUUAAUGCUCCGCUGGAGCCUGGCACUCGUUACAGUAUUUUUCAAAGGAUUAUAAUCAAUGACAAGGGUGAUUAUUACUCGACUGACUGGAGUCCUGUUUCACAAACGACAAAUCAUCCAGGAAAAGAGAUGAGAAUUAAGAUAGAAUCCAGAAACAAAAUAACACGCUGGCAGCAAUAACUACAGCAAAAGUGAAGGAAUUUUAACGAAUGGAGAUAAGUAGAACAAAUAACUUAUUUGAUUCAAUCUUUAGUGUAUGAUUGUUCAGAUAACAAUAAUUUAAUCUUGUACUAAAACUUUCAACCUCCCUCGGUGCGUAAAUCCCGGACACACCUGUUACACAUAUCAUUUUAGUCACUCAGUUCAGUAGAUUAAAUAAUAAUAUUUUAUAAAAUUACAACUCUUUUAUACAUUUCUACUAUCUGAGCCCGCAUUACCCAUUAUGAUUAAUACUUCUUGUUACAUCCCUUCUUCUUUAAAAUAAAGAUGGAAUAUUAUACAAUUUUUUUCCCGUUUUUUCCCAGUUGGUAAUUGUUUUUUUUUUAAUAUUUCCUUUGCAGUUGUAGUCUUGAAAUUUUUUACAUCAAAUAUAACUUCUCGAUAGCUUUAAUUUGACACACAGCCCAACGUCUGGCAUCAAGUAUUUCGUCUCAAAACUCAGAAAAACUAUUUUGGCUGCAAGCUGAAUAGGGAUAUUUGUCAGGAGUUAUCGUUUCAGUUGUAUAGAGUUCACUGGGCAGAACUGAUUAUAUGAAUAAACACCACCCAAUUAUCGUUCUAGUUAUGCCCCUGAUAGAACUACAAGAACUAUGUACAUUACAGGGAACGUUCGUUUUUUAGCUGAGAAGGAAGAUAUUUGUAGCCUAAAGCGUGAAUAAAUUCCCCGAGUGGAGACCCAGCUGCUGUGAAUAUUUUCUAUGAGAAUAAAAUAUCUGUAUAAGACAUACGAAUGGGAGAGCUUUGUUUUGUUAACUAAUAAAACGUGGUGUCUUUAAUAAACGAACACGCAACUAUAUUGAUCUGUAAGCAAACUAAUAUCAAGUGUUAAAAUAGGAUAUUAUGACUUAGAAAGUGUCUGGUGCACACAAGUACAUAUCUGCUUGAUAUUUAAUCAUAGAUGCUGUUGCCAGCAUUUAUUGUAAUUUGUAUAGAUUUGUAAUCAUUUGUAA